AUGGACCAAAAAGAGGCACUGAAUGUCAAAGCAUCCCCUUCGCCUUUACACCCAGUGGAAAAGCACCACACAGCUCACUUUGUCUUAAUCCCCCAACCUAGUAACCAUCCCCGGGACCCUCUGAAUUGGGCUCUUACCCGCAAAUAUGUAAUACUGGCCGUGUUAUGCCUCGCAUCCUUCUCAGGCGCUGCUGCGGCUUUAUCGGCACAGCUCAAUCUGACUGAUCAGGAGAAGUUGUAUAACAAGACGAAGCUGGAGGAGUCCUAUGCAAAUUCAGCCGCCCUAGCUGGCAUGGCCGCAGGCCCAUUUUUCUUCGCCCCGAUAUCUCACAUGCUCGGUCGCAGCUCCGUGAUAUUCUGGUGUGUGCUUCUCGCGCUAGUAUGUCAGAUCUGGGGCGCUGUCAUGACUGAUCCUGGCGACUAUAUCGCAUACGUGAUGUCUCGGCUCUUUGCCGGCUUCUUCGGUGCUGUGCCAACAGUGCUUGGCCCUCGCAUUGUGACCGAUCUGUUCUUCUUGCAUCAGCGAGGCCGCGCUUUUACUGCUCUACAUAUGGCGUUUUUGUUUGGAACUAUUGCCGGUCCGACGUUCUCGGGUUUUGUUUCUGCACAUUCGUUCUUUCCUGUUGAAUUUUGGUGGACAGUCGGUUUACUAGGAUUCACGCUUCUCUGUUGUUUUAGUUUCCUUGAGGAAACUGGUUUUGACCGGGAAUGCUUUGAAAGGAAUCCCGAUAUACCAAGUGGAAUUUUCGCUAAUAGAUUUGCUACUUUCUUCUUCGGGCAGAAAAUUGUCUUGCCGACUACCUGGAAAGAGACGGCCAAAGUCGGAAUCACUCCCUUUCUAAUCGGAAUGUGUCCUAUGGCCAUGAUUAUGGGGGUCUUCACGCUAAUAUCCUUUGGGUUCUACGUGGGUGUCAAUGCACUCACACCGGUAUGGCUCCAGAAACCCGUUUCGGAAGGUGGCUACGGGUUCUCACUGGAACAAAAUGCGGCAUUCACAUUCUGCCAUUGGAUUGGCAUCAUUGUCGUCCAAUUCCAUGGCCAUUAUCUGAACGAUUGGUUACCGCUCGCACUGGCACGGCGAUACAACGGCGGUGUUUGGAGACCCGAGUAUCGACUGCAUGUCCUGUGGCUUCCUAGUCUUGUGAUCAACCCAAUUGGCCUGGGUAUCUUUGGUGCCGCGCUGCAGUAUCAUCUACACUAUAUGGUACUUGCACUGGCGGUUUUUAUUGUGACCGUUGGGUCACUGGCUAGUGUUCCUGUCACUGUGAAUUAUGUUGUGGAGUGCUUUACGCAAUAUCCGGCUGAGGCUGGUAUUGUUAUUGGUGCGUAUCGCAUUGUGUAUGGAUUGACAAUUAGCUUCUAUAUCAAUCCUUGGGUUGAGGCUGUGGGUGUUGGCUGGGUUUAUGGUAUGAUGGCAUUCUUUGCGGUGUGCUCCUUUAUGUUUGUUGUGCUGCUCAUGUGGAAGGGACAUGCUAUUCGCAAGGUUCAAUUUUCGAGCCUUGGAUCUAGCGAGGAGGGCGAACAGUUGCUAGAUUGA